UUAUUCACCGGUUGCUGCCACGUCCGUCUAUAUAUCUACCUCUGCAUACUCCUGUAUAAAACUAAUGAGGGUAGAAUGAACCAAGUUUCAUUGAAGAAACACCAACGUUAAGAUAUCACUGUGUGUUGAAACCAUAAGCAGGUGAGGUCUCUAUACUUUUUUGAAGGUGAGGUCUCUAUACUUUUUUGAAGUAUGUGGAAGCUUAAGGUGGCGGAUAGCGGCGGACCAUUUAGAGAGUGGCUUUCUAGUACCAAUAACUUUGUCGGAAGACAAACUUGGGAAUUCGAUCCUAACGCUGGAACUCCUGAAGAGCGAGAUGAGGUGGAGAAAGCUCGUGAAGAGUUCUACAAAAACAGGUUCAAGUUCAAGGCGUCUGGGGAUAUUCUGUUGCGUUUGCAGCGGUCGCGAGAAAAUAAAGAUAAAUUUGAUCUAAGCAUACCACCAGUGAAAAUUAGCAAUGAUGAAGAAGUAACCCUCGAAGCUACAACAACGGCACUUAGGAGAGGCAUCAGAUUCUUUUCAGCAAUCCAAUUAGAUGAUGGACACUGGGGUGCUGAAAUUGGUGGGCCGUUGUAUUUUAUGCCACCCCUUGUUUUUGCGUUAAGUAUUACUGGAACUCUUAAUACGGUUCUAUCACCUGAACAUAGAAAGGAGGCGCUGAGAUAUAUGUACUGUCAUCAGAACAAAGAUGGAGGAUUUGGGUUUCACAUUGAGGGUCAUAGUAUGAUGUUCUGUACUGCCUUUAACUAUAUUUGUAUGCGGAUCUUAGGAGAAGGACCUGAGGGUGGUAUAGACAAUGCUUGCACUAGAGCCCGAAACUGGAUCCUUGGUCACGGUGGUGUAACAUCCAUACCAUCAUGGGGAAAGAUUUGGCUUUCGAUACUUGGAGUUUAUGACUGGUCUGGAUGUAAUCCUACACCGCCUGAGUUUUGGGUUCUUCCGUCCAUUUUACCUAUGCAUCCCGGUAAUAUGUUGUGUUACACUCGGUUAGUAUACAUGCCAAUAUCGUAUUUAUACGGGAGAAGAUUUGUCGGUCCGAUCACCGAUCUUAUUUUAUCUCUACGGAAGGAGCUGCAUAUUCAACCGUACAACGAAAUAAACUGGAAAAAUAUGCGCCAUUCUUGCGCAAAGGAGGAUCUGUACCAUCCACACGCCUUCAUUCAAGACAUGAUCUGGGAUUCAUUGUAUUUCUUAACUGAGCCUCUGGCAAAAUGGUGGCCUCUUUCACUGCUAAGAGACAAGUCAUUAGAUAUAACUAUGAAACACAUUCAUUACGAAGACGAGAACAGUCGCUACAUCACUAUUGGUUCGGUGGAGAAGGCGUUAUGUAUGCUUGCUUGUUGGGUAGAAGAUCCAAACUCAGAUGCAUUCAAAAAACAUCUAGCAAGAAUUCCAGAUUACUUGUGGAUGGCUGAAGAUGGACUCCGAAUGCAGAGUUUCGGAAGCCAAAUGUGGGAUACUGGUUUCGCAGUUCAAGCACUUUUAGCAAGUGAUGAUCUUACAGCCGAAAUUGAGGAAACUCUUAUGAAGGGGCACAACUUCAUAAAGUCUUCUCAGAUUAAAGACAAUCCCACUGGUGACUUCCGAAAAAUGUUUCGUCAUAAUUGUAAAGGAGCUUGGACAUUCUCAGAUCAAGAUCAUGGCUGGCAAGUUUCAGAUUGUACUGCAGAAGGACUUCUUGCUUGUCUCCUGUUCUCACAAUUACCACCCGAAAUUGUGGGUGCAAAAAUGGCAGAUGAACGAUUAUACGAUUCAGUUGAUAUCAUCCUUUCCCUUCAGAGUAAAAAUGGUGGUUUGGUAGCAUGGGAGCCAGCAUCACCUCACAAGUGGAUGGAGGUUCUCAAUCCAACAGAAUUCUUUCAAGAUACCAUAGUCGAGCACGAAUACGUAGAGUGCACAUCAGCCGGAGUUGAGGCUCUAGCAACAUUUACGAAGCUACAUGGUGCGUACAAGAAGAUAGAAAUUCAAACAUUUAUCGACAAGGCAGUGAAGUACUUAGAAGAUCAACAAAAUCCAGAUGGUUCAUGGUAUGGAAACUGGGGGAUUUGCUUUACUUAUGGGACAUGGUAUACAUUGCGAGGUCUUGCUGCUGUUGGGAAGAACUACAAAAACAGCAACAUUGUUCUUAAAGCUUGUGACUUCCUACUAUCAAAUCAAGAAGUAUCUGGUGGCUGGGGAGAGAGUUACCUCUCAUGCCCAAAUAAGGAAUAUAUUCCUCUAGGAAACAACAGAACAAAUUUGGUACAAACUGCCUGGGCACUUAUGGGUCUAAUUCAUGGCGGUCAGGCCGAUAGGGACUCAACGCCUUUACAUUCUGCGGCAAGAGUUCUAAUCAAUAAUGAAAUGGAAAAUGGUGAUUUUCCCCAACAGGAAAUGACUGGGGCUUUUAUGAGGAAUUGCAUGUUACAUUAUGCAGCAUACCGAAAUACUUUUCCAAUAUGGGCUCUUGGAGAAUAUCGAAAGAAGGUCUUAAAGAAGUCCAAAACAUAAUAACACCCAAAAAAUUAUGUAAUUAUUUUGAUUUUAUAGUUAUAAACCAAAGUUUAUAGUUAUAGAUCUACGUGUGAGCAUUUGCAUUCAUAUCUUGUUAAUAACUUAAUAGUGUGUAUGGAUCCAGUAAACGUUUUUAUGUAUUUAUUUCGCCAACCAGCCACAGUGUUGUAAGAAAUGUUGGCAUAUUUUAUACGAUACAUUCUA